AUGCCGGUACUCACCAAGUCAGUGUUUCUAUUUGUUUCUGUGACUCUGUUCAUUCUGGGAAUGCUGGGGAAUGGUUUCAUUGGGGUGGUCAAUGUCAGGAGCUGGUUCAUGAGCAAGAGAAUCUCUUGGUCUGACUUCAUCAUCACUGCACUGGCUCUCUCCAGGAUUGUUCUGCUGUGGAUUCUCUUGGCUGAUUCUAUAAUACUGGUGUUCUUUUUCAACAUCUAUAUUUAUGGUUCCUCUGGGGAUAUUAUUCAUGUUUUCUGGACAUUCACAAACCAUCUGAGCAUUUGGCUGGCCACCUGCCUUGGUGUCCUCUACUGUCUGAAAAUCGCCAGUUUCUCCCAACCCAUGUUCCUCUGGCUCAAGUGGAGAGUGUCCCGGGUGGUCGUGUGGAUGCUGCUGGGUGCACUGCUCUUCUCCUGUGGCAGUGCCAUAUCUCUGAUUCCUCAGUUUCAGAUCUAUUUUCUUCUCCGUGAAAGUGUUGGCACAGGGAAUGUGACUGAGCACCUUAGAAAGCAAAUGGGUGAAUAUCAGCAGAUUUAUGUCCUUAACAUGCUGUGGUACACCCCUCCCCUAAUUCUGUCUCUGGCCUCCUACCUCCUGCUCAUCCUGUCCCUGGGGAGGCACAUGCAGCAGAUGCGGCAAAGCAGAACCAGCCCCAGCGAUGCAAGCACUGAGGCCCACAGGAGGGCCAUCAGAAUUAUCCUCUCGUUCCUCUUUCUCUUCUUGUUUUAUUUUCUUGCCUUUUCAAUUACUUCAUCCAGUUAUCUCCUACCAAGCAGGGAGAUGACUAAGUUCAUUGGACAACUAAUUACAAUGCUUUAUCCUGCUGGCCACUCAUUCAUUCUCAUUCUGGGGAACAACAAGCUGAAGCAGACCUUUGUGGAGCUGGUCUGCUGUGCGUGUGGUCAUCUGAAGCCUGGAUCCAAAGGACCGCUUGCCCCAUAG